AUGGAAACUAAUUUCGAAAAUUUAAGUCACGAAACGUGAGAAAAAUGGCUUAUUUUGCAAUGGUGACCGAAGGAAAAAGAUAUAUAUUUUAUAUGAAGUUUUCAGGGCAGUUAUUGGAACACUAAAUUUGCCGGCUAUUUGAAAGUGUUCUACUGCUCAAGUUACAUAUAUUUCAAAUGUCUGAUUUUGACCCAGUUUCUGACUUUCUUGCUCGCGAACAGGAGGCUCUUGGGGAUUUAGGUGAUGAUUUGAAGCUUAACGAAGAUAUUUCAAAUACCGAGGUCUCUGAUCCCAGUUAUGUGUUUCUUAAUGGACAAUCUACAAUGAAUGGCUCUAAUUUUGGACACAAUUUGGCUGAACCUGAUUGUAGAGCUAACAUUUCUGUUCAUGAUUUCAACACAAUUGUAUCAUCCGACAGUAAUGUUGGUGGAACUGAGUCUUGGCGGGAGGAAUUCGAGAAAAGAAUUAAGGCUAAAGAUGCUGAAGAAGAAAAAAAAUGUGCUGAGUUGAUGGAAACAGGAAAAAAGGAGUUAAAUCAUUGGUACAAAGAAUAUCACCAAAGAUUAGAAACAAAAUCCCGUGAAUUGCGUGAGAAAAAACAUGAUUCAAAUGGUCAUUUCAUGAAUGGUGAUGGUAGCAAACCAUCUGUGAAAGAUACAGCCGUUUGGGAGAGUAUUUGCAAUUUAUGUGAUUUUCAAUCCAAGCAAAAAACUGCAAUUGAUACGUCAAGAAUGCGUAGUAUUCUACUCUCUCUUAAACCGAACAACUAAUAUACGCUAUUCAUGGAAUAUCAAUGAAAACAAUUUGUGCCUAUACCCUGUUUUACUGUUUUGUCUUCUUUCAAUAAUAUAAACAAGUGUGAUUUCUACUAAAUAGAGAAAAAAAGUGCCUUGUUAUAUGCUGUAUAAUGUUUGGAAUUUGUAUUUUCUCUCACUUAACUAAUUAUUGACAAUUGGAUAAUUAAUUAAUUUCAUCUUGGUUUUGUUCAUUAAAACAUGACAAUAUAUAUAUAUAUAUUUCCCCCUCUCUUUUUAUCUAAAUCAAUUUUGAUAAAAAUAGCUUUGGUCUAUCCUAAGUUGAUAAUAAUUCUUUAUUAGGCAUAUACAUUACGCUAUCAAUGUUUGGUUGUGUCAGUUAAUUCUCUUUUUUUUGUGUGGAACAAAUACAAAUGAAUUUUGGUUUUUACAACAUAUAUUUUUGUAAGCGAAUAGUUCUACCAUUUAUUGGUUCGUUUCUCUGCCUUAUAUUAACAUUCAGAAUUAUAGGUGUUUGCAAUUAUGAUCUAUGUCAGUGCUUGUUACUAUUCUGUCGGUAUGUUUGUCCGAAAAAGGCGUGUUUUUGUCUCUGGGUGUGUGAGUGUUGUGCCUUCAUAUAUUUUUUUCUUAACAAUUUAUACUGUGAAUAAAUAAAUGACAUAAUUGAUACUUGUUGUUUUUUCUGUCUUUUAUCGAUGAUGUUUUGAAAAGUUAUACGUAUAUGUAUGUUUGUAUUUGGUGUUUGUGUGUGUGAGUGUUAUUGUAUUUGUAAUUGGUCGGGUAUCCUGGACUUCUGUCAAUUCUGUAGUCAGGAGUUAAAUUUUAUGAUUAGGUUUAUAUACAACAGCUUAUAUAUAUAAGUUUACCUACUAAGUACCGGUUUAUGUACUCAGCUGUUAAUCAUAUUAUAUUUGUAGGUGCUAGUGAUAUUACUCUGCUUCUCAAACCUAAAUAUGUGCAACGAGAUUAUAUUAUGCCACCUACUGGUUGAUUUGUCGUUUGCUUUAAACACUAUGCCACAAUAUAUCUAACUGAUUUAUCACUGAGUAGUAAUCAAUACAAUGUCUCAUAUAGUGAUCUAAUUCUACCCAAUUUGUGUUUAAAAUAUUAGCCACUUGAUUAAUUGAUUCAGUGUUACGAUGGACAUCAUUAAAGGUGGUG